AUGGUACAAUUCAAAAGAACAAAAUUUCUUCUGCGAUGCCAUCUUGUAUCCAAUGAUGCACUACCACAAACUGAAAGCAAUAAGAGCUUAGCUUCUGAAGGAAAUCUUAACGAAAAUAUUAACAAUGAUGACAUUACGAUAACAGCUGGCGAAAAUCAGAUUCAAAAGGACCUUUCCGAUUUUGUCACUGUUACCAGUCAAACAUUUGAAGAGAAAAUGGUGCAUAUGAUUGAAAAACUAAGUAAAAAAGUCGACAAUCUGAAGCAAGUCACGCCUCCAAUGGGUCCACGUAAUACAGGAACUACUGAAACAGUCAGUUGGCCUCCUGAUGGAUAA